UUCCUCUGUUCCGGUAAGUUAUCGCAAUCAUUAUUCUUGAUAAUCCGCCGUUUAUUACUUUACAAUCAUAAAUUAUUUAAAAAUCGUACUUUGUAGGAGAAAGUGAUUUCUGUUUAUCAGAUGAUAGUGAGAAAAGGGAACACAUUAAUUGUUUAUAAAAAAGAAUUAGAGGAAUUAGAGUACUUGGCCCACAAAAAACUGAUGAACCAUCAAAAUUUUUAACAGAUAAAAUGAGCUCUUUUUCCCUCCUCUCAUUUUAUUUAUAAAUAGACCCCUUUCAUUUGGCGACUUGCCUUUCAAAUAAAUUUUCUCUCAUAUCGUUUCAUUCAUUUCUUUUAAUUUAGAUAUUUAAAUUAUUAUUUUGGUGCUAAGAAAAAUUUUGUGCGAAAAUGAAUUAUUCAAAGGAUGCCCCAGAAUUUGUUGUGUCUCCAAAAGAUGCUCGCGAAUUCGUCAUAAAAUGUAUGCAAACAGUUGGAACAUCACCUGACCAUGCUGGUCAAUUAGCAGAUCUCUUAUUGGAUGCUGAUCUUGUUGGGCAUUACAGGUUGGUUUUUGUUAAUCCUUCUAAAACAAUGUUUUCUAGUCAUGGUCUAAAUCGACUUCAUAUUUAUGUGGAUGAUGUCAAGAACGGAGUUAAAGGAAAUGGAGUUCCAAAAGUGUUAAAACAAAAAGGAGGCACCGCUUGGGUUGAUGGAGAAAAUCUUUUGGGUGCAGUUGUUGGAAACUUUUGUACCGAUUUGGCUAUAAAAUUGGCUAAAGAAUUUGGUGUUGCUUGGGUGGUAACGAAAAAUUCUAAUCAUUAUGGAGCUUGUCAACAUUAUACUAAGAAAAUUGCAAAUGCAGGAAUGGUGGGAAUGUCUUUUACAAAUACAUCGCCUCUCAUGUUCCCCUGCCGGUCUUCUGAGAUUGGACUCGGCACAAACCCUCUUUCUUGCUGUGCCAACUCAGAAAAGACUGGAGACAGUUUUUUGUUAGACAUGGCUACCACAACUGUUGCUCUCGGAAAGGUGGAGCUGGCAAAUUGUCGCGGUAAACCACAAAUUCCUUCCGCAUGGGGUGCUGAUUCUAAAGGCAUUCCAUCAACAGACACACAAGUUGUUUUACAUGGUGGCGGACUUUUGCCUUUAGGCGGUAUAGAAGAGACGGGAUCUUACAAGGGAACGGGUCUCUCAAUGAUGGGUGAAUUGUUUUGUGGAAUUUUGGCAGGGUCAAGUUUUGGCAAAAAUGUUCGACUGUGGGGACAAUCACACAAAGCUGCUGACAAUGGCCAAUGUUUUGUUGCUAUUGAUCCAGAAUGUUUUGCUCCAGGAUUUGCUCCUCGUUUACAACAAUUUUUGGACCAAACGCGGAAUUUGAAACCGAUUUCUGAAGAAAAGCCUGUUUUAGUGCCUGGUGAUCCUGAAAGAAUGAAUACAGAAUAUAGCCAAAAGGCUGGAGGUUUGGUUUACCAAGAAGGGCAGAUAAAAGCUUUGGAAACAUUGGCAACAAAAUGUGAUGUUCAAAUGUUCUCAUACAAACGGCUAAAAUAA